AUGGGGCCCCUGACCCCUGCGUGCCCGCGCUCAGCCAGCUCCUGCGCAGAGCAAUUGCUAGGGACAUUGCCACGGGGCUGUGAGCGGAAUUUUCUCUCUCCGGUGACCCUGAGCUGCGCCUUUCUCAGACACCCGCCUCCGGAGGCCUCAGGCGCUCUGCGGGGGUUCUUGGGGGAGGAGGUGGGCGUUCCCGUUAUUUCAGCGGCGCUGCCCUUGGACCUGCGGGAGGGACCGUGGGACCCGAGAUAUCCCUGCCUGGCCUCCGCUCUCUACCCGGGGGUGGGUCUCGCCCACCCAACCUCGGGUAAGGACGCUUCUGGAAGGAGGGGCGCCCCGGGACCCCGCCCAGCCCAGCCCAGCCCAGCCCAGCCCUUCCCCGGGCAGCGGCGCGGGAAGCGUCGGGCGGCUCACGGGCGUCGUCAUGGCAACGCCGUGGGCUUCGUAGGCUGCGAGGAGCCGGGACCUCGGCCGCCUCCGCCCCUCCACGCCCUCCCCCCGCCCUCCCUGGCUGCAGCUGGACCCGGCUGCGCGGGACGCGGGGCCGCCUUCCCGGGGAUCGCCAGGGACCACCCGGCGCGUUCCCUGGGAAUCCGCACCCCUAGCCCCAGCGCUCCAGAGCGACCCGGGACAGCCCCUGGCUGCCUGCAGAGGGCCCGUGGGCGAGCCCCGGGUGGACCCAGGAGUGAGCACCCGGUGCGUGGGGACGAUGAUCCCGCGAGGGAAGCGCACGGGCGGCAGGGGCUGUGGGAGCAGCCCCGGGAGAAAGGGGCGUGGAGCGCGCGCUGAGCUGCCCUUUCCCGCAGCGGCCCCGCGGUUGGAGGUGGGUUUGGGUUUUGGUUUUUCUUCUGUGGCAACAGUUCUGUCGAGAUACUACUCGCCUGCCACGCAACUCACCCAUUUUAAGAGUACACCUCAGGGGUCCUGCGUGGUAUUGACAAACCCGCCGCCAUCACCACAGCCAAUUUCAGAACAUUUUCAUCUCUUCGAAAGAAACCCUGUACCGUUCAGCGGUCACCCUCCUGGUCCCCAUCCGGUCCCCGGCCCGCCCUCAGCAGCCCCGCACUGUCCGUAAAGCCCCGUGUCCUGCACUGUAGGUGCAAUCUGUACCUUGGCAUCUGUUGUGACUUUCACCUUACAGCCUUUCCAGGCUCACCUGUGCUAUCGUAUGGACCAGUACUUUGUAGGGGGGGAGGGGGUUGUUUUGUUUUUGUUUUUUGGGGUUUUUUUGGGUGUGUGUGCGUGUGUCUUUUAUUGAGCCAGGCGUGGUGGC